GGAGGGCAGCCAGCAGUUUCCCCUUUUCUCCCCGCUCUAGCACCAGACUCCUUCUCCUCAGUGCCUCACCGGAGGGGACGGCAGCACCAUGGACCCCCGUAGGGCUGCCAGCCGCCAGACCUGCUGCUGCUUCAAUGUCCGCGUGGCCACCACCACCCUGGCCCUCUACCAUAUGAUCAUGAGCAUCUUGCUGUUCAUUGAGCACUCAGUGGAGGUGGCCCACGGCAAGGUCUGCAAGUUCUCACAGAUGGGCUACCUCAGGGUUGCCGACCUGAUUUCCAGCUUCCUGCUCAUCGCCAUGCUCUUUGUCAUCAGCCUGAGUCUGCUGAUGGGAGUGGUCAAGAACCGGGAGAAGUACCUGCUGCCCUUCCUGUCCCUGCAAAUCAUGGACUUCCUCCUGUGCUUGCUCACCCUGCUGGGCUCCUACAUUGAGCUGCCCGCCUACCUCAAUCUGGCCUCCCCGAGCCGCACUGGCCACUCCAAGGUCCCGCUGAUGACACUGAAGCUGCUGGACUUCUGCCUGAGCAUCCUGACCCUCUGCAGCUCCUACAUGGAAGUGCCCACCUUUCUCAACUUCAAGUCCAUGAACCACAUGAAUUACCUCCCCAGCCAGGAGAACGUGCCUCACAACCAGUUUGUCAAGUUGAUGGUCAUCUUCUCCAUCGCUUUCAUCACUGUCCUCAUCCUGAAGUUCUACAUGUUCAAGUGCGUGUGGAGAUGCUACAGACUCGUGAAGGACAUGAACUCGGCCGAGGGGAGGGCCAGCUCCAAGGAGCUCCCGAAGGUGGUCCUGCCAUCCUAUGAGGAAGCCCUGUCUCUGCCAUCCAAGGUUCCCGAGGGGGACCCACUGCCACCCCCGUACUCGGAGGUGUGACCCUUGCCAGGCUCCGGCCCUAGCGCUGGGAGGGGUGGAGCUGCCUCGUAAUCUGCUUCUUUGCUUUGGUGGCCACCGUGGCCUGGGUGGACACCGCCCCCCUGGUCUGACUUCAGGGCAGUCCCCUCGUGUCCCCCUCACUGGCCUUUUCCUUCUGCAGGGCCUGUGAGAUGCUCACAGUUGGGUCAACCCUUUUGGCUGAAUUACUCCUUGGGCCUCAAACACUCAGUCCCACAAUGCUCAGUCUAUUUC